AUGUCCUGUUUCUCUUCACAGAAGAAAAUCUAUUGUGAUUCUGGAAUCCAAACUCGCUAUGCUUGGAUUGAUGAAUCGAACGAGUGGUCCGCGUACAUUUCGUCGGAGCACUCUACUGGUAUUGAUGGUUGGCCUUGUACUCGCGAUAUAGUGCCGGGCCUAUUCUUUUGCAAUUUCUGUAAGGAACAUCGGCCGCAUUCUCGAAAGCUACUCAAGGAUGCGCUCGAUAACGCCCAGUCGAUGGAUAAAUCGGGUUAUGGUGGCAGCAAAGCGGUUGUUUCUGAAUUUUUGGAUAAGGCUAAUGACAUGUUUUGGGAAAGCUUUGACCCAGAGCUGUGCCCGCUGCCGAAAUGCCCUUUCAACCAUUCAGCGAACGUGGAUAGCUUCUUCAAGAAGCAGGAGAGUGAAGGAAAGUCUGCGCGAGCUCGGUAUUUCAUGAACGUCGACAACGGCUAUGACUUCAGCUCCUACAAGUCAGCUGAGUGCUCGGACAUUGUUCAUCAGGCUCCUACUACGGGUUCUCCUAUCGAUUGUCCAACAGGUUCCUCUGUCUUGGGUGAUACCUUCAGAGUGGAUACUGAGGAUGGACUCAACCGUCUCUCAUGGUCCGUUAUGCAAGCUAUGGUGAGUCCUAUUCGUAGCUACAGCUCUAAGAAGGCUCCAUGCCGCCGUAUGUUCUGGGCGGAGCCCAGUGGGCUCCACAUGCUUCUUUCGACCCCAAGGCUUUCGGUUAUGAGCUUGUUCACUUACGAGGUGCGUACAGGCAACUCGAGGGUGAAUUUCCUGGUAUAUUGGCUGAAGACAGGUCUCGGUUAG